GACAAAUUUAUUAAAAAUAAGAGAGCAGAAGUUUUAUGAAUGGGCACGAAAAUUACGCUAAUUAUGGCUACUUCAUUUGUUUUUUUGCAGCGUGUAGUCUUGUUAAUCCUGCUAAGCUUCAUUAAAGAGAAAAUGUUGCAAUUAUUAUCAUCAACAUCGAGUAUACGAGCAGCAAAAGCUCGUUAUUGGGAUGCUGACCACGGUGUAAAUUCAGAUGUUAAAAGUGAGUCAAUCGUAACCAUGAAUGGUGAAGCACCACAAAUUAAAUUAGAAGUGCUUGGGAGAAUACUGCAAGAAUAUAAAGACCAUCCCGUUGCAAUUAUCAGCGUAUUUGGAAAUUUUCGCGGUGGAAAGUCAUUUCUGUUGAAUCUAUUGUGUCAGUAUCUAAUGCAAAAACAACUGAAGGACUGGAUUAAAAAGAAAGACGAAUUGGUUAAAGUAUUUGACUGGAGAGGGGGAACCAAAAGUCAUACAACAGGAAUUGAAAUUACUAACAAACCUUUUAUGCUGAAGAAUGAUAAGGGAGAGGAAAUAGCUGUGUUCUUAAUGGACACUCAAGGAUCUUUCGAUAAUGAAAUGAGUGCAGGAGAACGUUCAUUAAUAUUUGCAUUGAUCAUUUUGAUAAGUUCGUUCCAAAUCGACAACUUGCCAGCAGGAUUAAUAAGAGAGAGUGAUUUACAACAAUUAGGGCUGUUUUUACACUAUGCUAAUACUAUUAUGAAGAACAAACGCAGCAAUGCUUCUGAAUCUUCCUCACUUUUCCCGCCUCUUAUGUUUCUGGUUCGAAACUAUCAGAAGCCAGAUUAUGAUUAUGGCAGCAAAGGAGGGAUGGAAUAUUUGGAAAAAGUUAAGGAUACAGAUCAAGAUGAAAACAAAGAUGUGUGGAAAAAGAUAAAGGAGAAUUUUGCUGAUGUUCGAUGCCAUUUGCUGCCUUACCCUGGGAGGAAAGUUUUAUGCCAUAGGGAUAGUGACACUUCUGAACUUAAACUAACAGACAUAGAUGAAGGCUUCCUUGUUGGAGUGGAUGAUUUGGCCAAGUGUUUGUUUUCUGAAGAUAAUUUGGUUGUAAAGCAACUUGAUGGUAAAGCUUGCACUGGUAAAGUUCUUAUGCGACUUGCGGGGGAACUUGAUAACAUGAUUAAAAAUGGUGAAAUACCCAAAUUUUACACAUUAAUGGAGCUCAAUCAAAUUGUUGAAUUUUAUAAGAAAAUUGAUGAAUUUGAAAAUGAAUAUGUUGCUACAAUGAAUUCUAAGGGGGAAAAGUACAUUGACCCAAAGAUAUUAAAAACAUUCCACGACGAAUGCUUCCAGAAAGCAAUGCAACAAUACGAGGAACAUGAUGUGUUUGAACCAGAUGAGAGUGAGAAACUAUGUCAAACAGUAAAGACACAAUUGAAUGGUCGUUAUUUGAUCAUACAAAAGAUUAACAUAGUGCGUAAGGUACAAGAACGAAACAAAAUAAUGGAUGAAGUUGGUGUUGCUGGGAAUGUUUAUUUUAAGGAAAUGGAAAAGGUUGCAGACGGACAACAUUUGGAAGAUGUUAUUACAGCAAAGGCAGAAGCUGAAAGAAAAGCAGUUAUAUUGUUUAAAACAUCCACCAGUGCCUGUAACCAGGACUUGGUAAGGGAGGGUGAGAACAAACUGCACAAAGCUAUUCAAUUAAAACACAGGGAGUUUGAAAGAAUAAAUGCAAACCGAUUGAAAUUGCUCAUUCAUGAUUUAUCAAAUUUAGUUAAUGAUUGUCGAAUGGGUUAUGUGGAAAUAAUGGAAGAGGAAAGUAAUAAAGAAGAGACUACCGAAUAUUUACGGGCAGUACAUCAUAAAACACAUGAAAGUUGUUUGAAAAAAUUCAUUGAUUCUGAAAUAGGAAAGGGUUAUAGGUGUAAAGAACAACAGCUAAAAUAUUUGGAAGAAGGGAUUAGUGAAUGUUUUCAAGGAUAUCAAAAUGGAAUAUUGCAAAAAGCAAUGGAGGAAAAACGACAGAAAAUUACUAAAACAACUUUUGAAACAAUUGGAUCACUAGGAGGAGUGUUGAAAGUUGGAGGAUGUGAGUUACAUAUUCCUUGUGGAGCAUUGGACGAAAAUGUUGAAAUUAAAUUGAUUGCAAGAACUCCUCAACACCAGAAUAAGUUCCUUGAAACUCCAACGCUCAGAUGUGAACCAUCUCCUUUUAGAUUUAAUACUCCAGUGACAAUUAAGUUGCAAACUCCUCAUAUUUUGGACGAAGAAACUGUUAAACAAUGCACGGUUUUAAUUAGUUAUGAUGGAAUACAGUGGGAACAAUUUCCAACAAAGUUGAAGUUUGAUUACCAAUUCAUCAUAUUUCAAACCAACCACUUCUCACGCUGGAAAGCAACGUUUGCCGGAACAGAGAAAGUAUGUUUGUUUACUCAGCUCUACCAACAAUCAAAUGCUGUGUAUUGGAAUAUUUGUUGGAAUCGUGAUUUGAUUACGAAGAGAGAGGAUGAAUUUAAAAAGACAGAAUUUUUACAAAAUACAAUAACUUUGCGAAAACCAAACGAUUUGAAGCUCUCUAUUGAAAAAUCUGAAGAAAAUUCAACAGUUGUAAUAAGACCUUCGAGUAAUGUGAUACCUGCUGAUCAAAUAAACGAACAAUUAAACUUCAAAAUGCGCUUUGAAGUUGAAAGAACCAGUUCUGAAAAUGUAUGGUUCAAUUGGACAUUGCAAUAUGGGGAAAAUCAACAAAUUAGUUCAGAGUUUAGGUUUACACCAUCAUCUGCAUCAGAAUGCGAAUCUGAGGAACCAAGAAACAUAAAUGUUGUAGUUGGUAACAAAUUAAUCAGAUCUGCUAUGGCAGCAAAGGAUGUUAAUAUCUCCUAAAGUUAAAGUAUCACCAUUGUGAAUGUGCGAGUGUAUCUCAGAUAACAAAACAAAAAACACCCACAAUGUAACAUGCCUUACUAACAUGUAAGUAUGGGCGGAUUGGUGCGGCGCAGGUGGCAUGGUGUACUAGCUCGGAUUACAUGCCAUACUGGCUCGGAACCGUGACCGCUUCACCUCGCUCAACAAAUCAGACUCCAGCAGAACAGUAACGACUCCAUGACAAGUCCGGGUUACAUUCAGUUUAAAACGACAUUGACGCCACGCUACAGAUAACAGGGAGGACAGCAAUUAUUACAGAGCCCGAUUGCCUGCCCAUACAGCACUCCCAGGGCUUAUAAAAAGGGCGAGAAUUCAAAAUGCGAGAAGAAGCACUACACACGAGAAGAACAUUAUACAGCAAGGCAGAGUUUCUCCGAAUUGUCACAGGGCAAAGUCACUCAACAUAACAAUGUAUUGCUGUGUGCCAUUGUCAGUAAUAUUAUGGAAAAGAAAACUAUUAAGUCCUGUCCGUGUUGCACCAGCUGGCAACUUUACAUCAAUUGCUUAACGAAUGGUUUAAUCAAAUGUGGAACUUACAAAUGUGUCUUUAACUAUAAAUAGCAUUACAUGCAGCAUUGUAAACUAAACAUGUGCAUAUAAAUAUUUGUGCCUCACACCAAUUGGAAGAAGGAAUUUUUUGUAACAAGAAUGUGUCUAGGAGUUCACAACGAUUGAUGCAAUGGCAUCAAACUAUUACGGUUUAUACUGGCUAAACGUCUCAUUAAAAGCAUUUUUUCUCCUGCCUUACACUAUUAGUCACAAUUGAAACAUUUUUAUACCUAAACAUCAUAAUUAUGAAUUGUCUAAAUUUAUGAAAACGAACGUUCGUUAAGUGAUAAGGUGGAGUAGUUUAAAAUUGUUUUUUUUUUAUUAAUUUUGACUUAUCCUGUUAUCUUAGGUGAAAAUUCAUUGGCAAAAAAAUUUUAAAACAAUAGAAAAAGUGACAGAAAAUGCCACGCACUGAAAUAUAUUCAAACAUAUAAACACCAAAAAAUGUUUACUGGAGAGGUGUUUAACAUGAUCCACUUUCUAUGUCAAUAAUUUUUUUAUGUUUUCUAUUUUUUAGGUUUGUUUUUUGCAAAACAUAAGCAGACAUAUUAAAGUACAUGUGAUCAAUAAAAACCACUAAGAUAAA